UGCUUCUGUUUUUCAAAGAAAAGAGAGAAUUUGGGAAUUAUGUCCUUUAGGGUUUCUGAUUCGUGUGUUUCUGGAAAUAGUCCUGGUGGGUGGUUUUCUUCAAUGGGAAAAAUUGAAUUUUGGGAAAAGGGGUUGUGUAAAUUCCCCAAAUUCUUUAGUUUGGGGAUGGUGAUGGGGAAUUUUGUGGACAGAGAGUGUUUUAUUUUCAAUUUUAUUUUGGAUUGCGUUUUUGGGUGCCUAGUUUUUGUGAAUCUGUUAUUGAUCAAUUGGUUUAUUAAUUGGAUCUUUCUUGGCCUUACUUUUUUGUAUUUUUUUUUCGUUUUAUCUGAUAAGGUAAGGGGAAUGGGGGAGGACGGGGUUCUUGAACCGUAUUGCGAUUAGCGAUAUGAGAUUUUUUUUUCUUUUAAAUAUUGUUUAAAUUGAAUCAAUCCCAUGGAUCCUUGCUAGGAAAACAUAUCAAUCAAGUUUAGGGUUUUUUGUAUGGUUUAAAGUGUUAUUCAAUAUGUUCUGACAAUCUGAUUGUAUCUGAAAAGCAACAGUUGGCAUAGUGAAUUAACUUUCAUUGCAACAAAAUGUUUUAACAAACUGCUAUUACAUGAUAGAUAGUCUGCAUAAUGUUCUGUUAGCAAGAUCUGAGUUGUUCACUGGUGUUGCUGGCACUCUUUUACAUAAUCCUUGAAGUUGUUAUUGUUAUCAUUAAAUAUAUUUCAACAUUUUACUUGAAAUAGAUAUUUGUUUUCAUAAUUAUUCUGUUGCGUAAUCUUGUUUCUACAAUUAUUCUAUUGAAUGUGUCAUGCCAUUUUCUUUGUGCAAAUCAAGUAGUUACUGUAUGUAGCAACAUAAUGUUUUUCGCGUAUGCUCUAUGAAGCACCGACUCGGACACCGGACACGACAUGGACACGGACACGUGGACACCUGUAAUGUCCAAAAUAUAGAACGUAGUACGGGUGUCGUGUCGGUGUCAGACAUUGACACGGACGCGUGUCAGACACCGGACACGGCAAGGGACUGGAGUGUCCGUGCUUCAUAGCGUAUGCUUUCUGCAGAGUUUCCUGUUUCAAGAUCGGCACAAUAGUGUAUUUUACCAUCAGCUAUUGUUUUGGUUCUGUGCAAAUCAAAUAUUUUACUGUCAUGGCGGGUUUUUUGUGUGCCCUGCAAAUCAAUUAUUUUACUGUCGUGUUUUUUUUUGUGCCAUGCAAAUCUAUUAUUUUACUGUCGUGUUUUUUUGGUGCAGUGCAAAUCCAGUAUUUUACUGUCAUGCUGUGUUUUUUUGGUGCCGUACAAAUCAAGUAUUUUACUGUCGUGCCGUGUUUUUUUGUUGCUGUACAAAUCAAGUAUUUUACUGGAAAUGAAUGCGAGUACCGCCACAGCGAGUAUGCACGUGUUAAUCCUAGGGACUGUCGGUAUUGGUUGAGUGGCAAUUGCUUGAAUCCCAAAUGUCCAUUUCGUCAUCCGCCUCUUGAUGGCUUGUUAGGAACACAGGCAGCAGUGACUGGUGGACCAUCUGUAUCCCCAUCACAGAUUCCAACAGCAUCUGCAACACAUGCACCGUAUAAUUCCAGUAAACAAGCUGUACCUUGCUUUUUCUUCCAAAAAGGACUUUGCUUAAAAGGUGACAGAUGUGCCUUCUUGCAUGGACCACCCACUCCUACUUCUAGCACGGGUAAUAAAGUAGCUGCUCAGGUUCCAGUGACUAGCCAAGGAGUUGAGAAUCCAUGUUUUAAGAAGCCUUUUGUCAGCAAUGAAAAGUAUACUCAGGAAAGGAAAACUUCCCAAGGAAAUGUUGCAAAGUCAAGUGGAAUUUCUGAAGCCAAACCUGCCUCAAAAAUUGAAACUGCUCCUCAAAGAAAUAUGUUUGAAUGGGAGAAGAAAGUGCCACCACCAGCUGUGGGAUUUGAUAAUGAGGUUUCUAGAUUUAAGACAACCUCUCCACCAGUGACCAAUGGCCCUACUGUAGCCCGGCCAAACCGUCUGCAUCAAGCUCGUGUGCCAGAUGAUCACAAUUUCCAGAGUGGCAAGGACAGUGAUGAGUUUCUCAGAGAAUCAUCUCCUGGGUUUGAUGUUCUUGUAGCUGAUGAACUUAGGAAUUCUGAUUACUACCACGGAGAAGAUGAAUUCAGUAAAGCAAGAGGUCAAGAUGAAAGGAACUUAGACUCUUUGAAUGAAUAUGAUUUAGGACAUUCUGGUGAUUAUAGUUUAGCAGCUGAUAUCGAUCGUGAAAGAUUCCGUGUGCCUCAAGGUUAUGAGUCAUAUGAUCACUUGCAGGAGCCGUAUGCUUGGGAGCAGCAUAGAAAGCCCUCAGCCCAUGUAGACAGAAGGACUCGCCGCAGAUCCAACAGUCCUGAAAAUGCUGAGGUCUCAGAUCUACGACAUCAUUUAUCCAAGCGCAGGAAGGGCAAUGGUUUGAAGUCUGUUGUCGGUCAUGAUUAUGCCCAUGAGGGCCAUGGUGAGGAACAAAGUCGUCGGCCCUUCUCUCGGAAGGAUUCACUUGAGUUACCUCUGAAUGAGAGCUUCCUCGGUAACCGCUUCCGAGGUAGAAUAAAACUUCCAGCAAAUGGUGGUGCUGAUCACCUAGAGAGGGAAGACAGGGGAAGAUUUAGGAACAGAUUGUCAUCUGGAAGGUUGCCGGCCACUCACCAUUUGUCACCUGGAGAGGGAAGGGUCCAUGACAGAAUAAGAGGAAGAUUGCAAGAUGAUGAGAGGAGAAACUCCAAGGAUCGAUUGAUGGGGAGAGAACUACCGGGUGAUAGGAGUGAUUUUGCUGGGCCAAAAAGUCUUUCUGAACUUAAAAAUGGGAGGAACACUGAGAAUAGGGAGCAACAAUCACUGGGAAGGAGAAGAAGUUUAAGGGAUGAUCGCCCACAAUCUGAAGAUGAUUUUCUGUUUGAAGGUCCAAAACCUCUUAGUGAAAUUCUGAAGGAGAAGAGAGGUGCUGGAGCUGAUGCAGACUCUGGGAAUGGCAAAUCAUCUGACAAUAAGAAUCAAGAAGUUACCAAUGGCCAGAAUCCUACACCUGCUGCAAACACACAAAAUGGAGUGCUGUCUGAGACCAAAGAAGAUGUCAAGAAUCUUCCACCAAAUAAUGAAGAAUCAUCCAAGCUUGAGGUCACUGAUGCAGCUGGAGGAGACAAUGAUGGUGAAUAUGAGGAGGGAAUGGUGUACGAUGAAGCAGGUGAGGAUCAGUAUUAUGAAGGUGAUGAUCAGAGAGAUGCGGACUAUGAGUAUGAACAAGGUGAAGGUGAUGAGGGAUACUAUGAGUACGAGCAAGGUGAAGAGGGUGAAAAUCAAGAGGAAGAUUACAUGGAAGAAGAAGAUGGGGAUGAUUUUGCUAAGAAGAUUGGUGUCGUUCAUUCGUAAUUAUUAUGGAAACUCUGAGAAACAAGGGGACGUGUCCUACUCUACUCCUUGUGAUCAAAUCUCAUAUAGGUCUCUCCUCUGACUGAGCAGCAUUUUCUGCUUAAAAUUUGCUUGUAGAACUCAAAACUGCGCUAUCAUUAUCACUUUGUUUUCUUGUAUUAAUUAGUCCUUUUUAUUUUUACUGUAUUUUCAUCAAAUUUAACGGAUAUUUUUAUGUGAUCAGUGGGGCAUUUUGCUGUGCUCUCAGCAUAUAAAUGUCAUGCAGAGUGCAGGCCUUUAACCUUAGAAAGUUAAUAAUAGUUGCAUUCACUUAUGAGUUUACCCUAA